CUGUGGCCCGGGGCCGUGGAGAGCAUCGGGCAGAGCGGAGCAGGCGCGUCCAAGCCUCCCUCCUCCCAUUUCCCCGUGCGUCAGGGCCGGGAGGAGGAGACUCAUUCUUUUUGUGUGUGUGUGUAUUAAUUUAUUUAUUUUUUAAAGCCUCAAACUACUUUAGCGCGGAGUCGGCAGCAGAUGGUGGACGCGACCCGAGGUUUCGGCUGGGAGAACGAAGGGAUGCGCCCAGCCCGCACCGCCCGCCUCUAGCUCGGCUCCCGCUCCCGCUCCCCUCCAUGAGCCGCCCCGCGUCCCUGCUGCCGGCCGCUCGCUGCCGCAGCGCCCCGGCCAAGCGGCUCCAACCCCUCCAGGACGGUCCCGCCGAGGAAGCGCCGGCCGCCAAGUGCCCUCGCCUCGUCGAUUGCGGACCCCCGGAUUGCCUGAGCGCUCCCGGGUCGCCCUGUGCCCCCGCUUCUCCCGCCGGCGGCGGGGGAGCGGCGGGUCCCAGCCUGAUCGCCUCGUACCUGCUGCUGCCGCUGGCCGAGCGGGAGCAGGUGUCGAGAGCGCUGAGCGUCAGCUCCGGACGGGAGCUGCGCUGCAAGGUGUUCCCCCUCAAACACUACCAGGACAAGAUCCGGCCUUACAUUCAGCUGCCGUCACACAGAAACAUUACCGGGGUAGUUGAAGUCAUCCUCGGGGACACCAAGGCCUAUGUAUUCUUUGAAAAGGACUUUGGGGACAUGCACUCCUACGUGAGGAGCUGCAAGAGGCUGAGGGAAGAGGAGGCUGCCCGGCUGUUCAAGCAGAUUGUCUCUGCCGUCGCUCACUGCCACCAAUCGGCCAUCGUACUUGGUGACCUCAAGCUCAGGAAAUUUGUCUUCUCUAAUGAAGAAAGGACUCAGCUGCGGCUGGAGAGCCUGGAAGACACACACAUCAUCAAAGGUGAAGACGAUGCACUCUCAGACAAGCACGGCUGUCCGGCGUAUGUCAGCCCUGAGAUCCUAAAUACGACCGGGACUUACUCUGGAAAAUCAGCCGACGUGUGGAGUUUGGGGGUGAUGCUUUAUACUCUCCUGGUGGGACGCUAUCCCUUCCAUGACUCGGACCCUAGCACUCUCUUUUCCAAAAUCCGACGUGGACAGUUCUGUAUUCCUGACCACGUCUCCCCCAAAGCCCGAUGCCUCAUCCGCAGUCUCCUGCGGCGGGAGCCCUCUGAAAGACUCACUGCUCCGGAGAUCUUGCUUCACCCUUGGUUCGAGGCAGUUUUGGAGCCUGGAUAUACAGACCAGGAGACAGGAACUUCGGAUCAAAUUGUUCCAGAAUACCACGGAGACAGCGAUGAUAUUAGUUCUUUCUUCUGCUAAUCCUGAAAUCUCAGAAAGCUCCACGGUUCUCACC